CGCGUGUGUGUGAGUGAGUGAGAGUGUGUGCGUGCAUGUUAGACACACUGGAUUGAGAAUCGAGUUCCGAGCCAGAAACCAAAGGGAAAAACAGCGAUUUGCAGGCGGAAAACAAAGAGGAAAAUUUCGCCACUCUGAAGGAAAGUCCAACAGAUCGCUUGUGUGUGCAUAUGAAAAACAGCAACGUCAACUACCAGGGACAAGCUCCAAUCUGAGAUGAGAUGCAAACUCGAAGACGACUCCAUCAAACGGACCAGCAGGAUUACAGCAGCAGCAGCACCUACACCAUUCAAACGGGAGAGGAUCAUCAUCAGACAGGAUCAGGCACAAGCGCAGCAUUAGGAGCAGCUGGCGGAUCGGGAGGACUACUAGUGCAGCCUCUUGGUUAUCCACAGCAACCGCAAGCGUCCGUCGACGCGGCCAUCCACAUCGGUGACGCCCAGGCCGGCCAAUCGCUCGCUCCAGACUCGGACGACAAGUACGGAAAGGCGGCCCGCCAGUGGAAUUUGCGUGCCUUCUCUGGCCAGGCUCUGCGGACCUUAAGUGCUGCUGCCGCCGUGGUCACCGGGAAUAACCAACCGGACACAAACUUUAACAGCCAAAACAACUACAAUUACAAUUCCGCAUCUGGUAUCUCGGGGACAGGUCAGUUUUCGCAAGAAGACCAAUUUGAUCCGGAACCCGAGGCCGAAGUCUUCAUCAUGGCUGCCCGCGAUAGGACGGGCGAGUUCGCGAACGCGAUUCGAUCGCUGCAGUCACGCAACAUCACACGGGCCGUGAACAUCCGGGAUCCUCGUAAGGCGAAGCAAGUGCAGAGCUACUCGGAGUUCAUGAUGGUGGCCAGGUUCAUUGGCAAAAACAUAGCCAGCACCUACGCUAAACUGGAAAAGCUCACCAUGUUGGCAAAGAAAAAGAGCCUCUUCGACGACAGACCGCAGGAGAUUCAGGAGCUGACGUACAUCAUCAAGGGUGACCUGAACGCUUUGAAUCAGCAGAUCGCCCGACUUCAGGACAUCUCCAAGGACCAGCGGCGUCAUACGAAUGGCAAACACCUGGUGUCACAUUCCUCGAACAUGGUACUGGCCCUGCAAUCAAAGCUGGCCAGCAUGAGCACGGACUUUAAGCAGAUCCUGGAGGUGCGCACGGAAAACCUGAAGCAGCAGAAGACGCGACGGGAUCAGUUUAGCCAGGGACCAGGUCCGUUGGCCGCUCACACCGUCUCACCAUCGACUGCGAAGCAAGGAUCCCUGCUCCUCAGCGAGGAAAACCAGGCUGUGAGCAUAGACAUGGGCAGCAGUGACACCACCCCGCUCCUGGCUACCCAGACACAGAUGGCCAUCUACGAUGAGUCCGACAACUAUGUACAACAGCGGGCGGAAACCAUGCAAAAUAUUGAAUCUACGAUCGUUGAGCUUGGCGGCAUUUUCCAGCAGCUGGCGCAUAUGGUCAAGGAGCAGGAGGAGAUCGUGGAGAGGAUUGACACGAAUGUGGCGGAUGCGGAAUUGAAUAUAGAGGCGGCCCAUGGGGAAAUCCUCAAGUAUUUUCAGUCCGUCUCAAAGAACCGCUGGCUUAUGAUCAAGAUAUUCGGCGUUCUCAUAUUCUUCUUCCUGUUCUUUGUUGUUUUUAUGUCAUAAUCGAAGCCAGCAGGCUGCUUGCCCCACGUACCUUCUUCCCUUUGUAUACAGCAAUUAUUAAUUUUAAUCAAGUUUCAAUUACAAUAUUGUUUAUUCCAAGCUGUGGCCUACCCGGAACCGAUUGUAUAAUAAAGUUAUAAAAACGUACAUACAACAUGAAA